AUGAAGCAAAUUCAAGAAUCACAAGGAAGAAAAAAAGCUAGUGUCCAAGAAGAUAUGAAGAUGUGGGAUUGUGGCAGCCCAUUAUAUGAUUCAUAUGAAUUAGUUGCUGUUAGCAACAUCAUUGAGAGACAUUUCAUAAUAUUGCCAAACUACCUCCGUGAAUCGAGAAAGGUGGCAGCUUUUGUCCCGGCGGCGCUGACCUCAUCGGCGGUAACGAAUCCGGUGGCCAACCUACUGGCAGUUGUAUCCGGCGGCAAAGAAGUGAAAGAGAGAGGGAGGCAGAAAAAAAUUGGGAUUGCCAAGUUUUUCAGCUAUGUGAAAAGCCCAUGGAAGAAAUAA